GGCGCAGAGGACACUUCCGGUCUCCGAGCCUGAGAUUCCUGCUUUAACGACCGGCGUCUUGCAGGACGUUUUGAACGAGCCCCUUUUGCCUGAGGCUCGCAACCACCCGAUGAUCGAUGAUCGUCUCAGGGGAAAAGAAGGCUUGCCGAAGAGCAGAGGUUUAGAGGCACAAUUCUGCUUUCCCUUGAACUGCAUCAUUCAGGACUCUGCAAAUUCCCUAAAGUAGGAGGAAAAAUGACCACGUCCAAGGAGGCAGUGACCUUCAAGGAUGUGGUGGUGGUCUUCACUGAGGAGGAGCUGGGGCUGCUGGACCUUGCCCAGAGGAAGCUGUAUCGAGAUGUGAUGCUGGAGAACUUCAGGAACCUGCUGUCAGUGGGGCAUCAACCAUUCCACCGAGAUACUUUCCACUUUCUAAGGGAGGAAAAGUUUUGGAUGAUGGAUAUAGCAACCCAAAGAGAAGGGAAUUCAGGAGGCAAGAUCCAACCUGAGAUGAAGACUGUUCCAGAAGCAGGACCACAUAAAGGGUUGUCCUGCCAGCAGAUCUGGGAAGAAAUUGCAAGUGAUUUAACCAGGCCUCAAGACUCUACCACAAAUAGCUCUCAGUUCUUUGAACAGGGUGAUGCCCACUCCCAGGCUGAGGAAGGACUAUCUAUAAUGCAUACAGGACAGAAACCUUCCAAUCGUGGGAAGUGUAAACCAUCCUUCAGUGAUGUUUCCAUCUUUGAUCUUCCUCAGCAAAUACACUCAGCAGAGAAGUCUCAUUCCCGUGAUGAGUGUGGAAAAAGCUUCUGUUACAUCUCAGCACUUCAUAUUCAUCAGAGAGUCCACCUGGGAGAGAAACUCUUUAAGUGUGACCUGUGUGGUAAGGAAUUCAGUCAGAGUUUACAUCUGCAAACUCAUCAGAGAGUCCACACUGGAGAGAAACCUUUCAAAUGUGAACAAUGUGGGAGAGGCUUCAGAUGUAGAUCAGCACUUACAGUUCAUUGCAAAUUACACAUGGGAGAGAAACAUAAUUGUGAGGUAUGUGGGAGGGCUUUCAUUCAUGAUAUCCAGCUUCAGAAACAUCAGAGAAUUCACACAGGGGAGAAGCCAUUCAAAUGUGAGAUAUGUAGUAUGAGCUUCCGUCUUAGGUCAAGUCUUAAUAGGCAUUGUGUGGUCCACACAGGAAAGAAACCAAACAACACUGGGGAAUAUGGAAAAGGCUUCAUCGGUAGGCUGGAUUUGUGUAAGCAUCAGACGAUCCACACAGGAGAGAAACCAUAUAAUUGUAAAGAAUGUGGGAAGAGCUUCAGACGGUCCUCAUAUCUUUUGAUCCAUCAGCGAGUCCACACUGGAGAAAAGCCAUACAAAUGUGACAAGUGUGGGAAGAGCUACAUUACUAAGUCAGGUCUUGACUUGCACCAUAGAGCACACACAGGAGAGAGACCUUAUAACUGUGAUGACUGUGGGAAGAGCUUUAGACAGGCCUCAAGUAUUUUGAAUCAUAAGAGACUCCACUGCCAGAAAAAACCAUUCAAAUGUGAGGACUGUGGAAAGAAGCUUGUACACCGGUCAUACCGUAAAGACCAACCAAGAGACCACAGUGGAGAAAAUCCAUCCAAAUGUGAGGACUGUGGGAAGCGCUACAAGAGGCGCUUGAAUCUUGAUAUAAUUUUAUCAUUAUUUUUAAAUGACACAUAAGUGUUGUACAUAUUUAAGGGGGAAAAUUUGAUAUUUAAAUAUACGUAUAUGAUGUAUAAUGAUCAAAUCAGUGUAAUUAGCAUAUUUAUCACCUCAAACAAUGAUCUCUUCUUUGUGUUGGGAAAAUUAAAAAUUCGUUGUUCUAGCAA